AGCCGGGAGCCACGGGAGGAGGAGGCGCGGGCGGCGGAGCCGGAGCGGGAGCCGCGGCGGCGGCGGGCAGCGCGGGACCCAGUACUAUGGCUGUGUACUGCUAUGCACUCAACAGCCUGGUGAUCAUGAAUAGCGCCAACCAGGUGAGGAGCGGCGGCGGCCCCCGGCCCAGCAGCAGCGAGACGCCCCCGCCGCCGGGAAGCGCCGUGUUGAGCCCCGGCAGCGUUUUUAGCCCCGGGAAAGGCGCCUCUUUCCUCUUCCCUCCAACCGAGUCGUUGUCGCCAGAGGAGCCCGCGAGCCCCGGUUGUGGCAGCAGGCUGAACAGUAGCAGCGGCAGCGGCGGCGGCAGCGGCAGCAGCGUGGGCAGCCCGAGUUGGGCGGGUCGCCUGAGAGGGGACGGGCAGCAGAUGGUGACCACCGGGACCCUCUCCCCUCCAGGGCCGGAGGAGGCCCAGAGGAAGCUGCGCAUCCUGCAGCGCGAGUUGCAGAACGUCCAGGUGAACCAGAAAGUGGGCAUGUUCGAGGCGCACAUCCAGGCGCAGAGCUCUGCCACUCAAGCGCCCCGCAGCCCGCGUCCCGGCAGGGCGCGUUCGCCCUCCCCGUGUCCCUUCCGCAGCAGCAGUCAGCCCCCAGGAAGGGUCCUGGCUCAGAGCGAGGAACGGAGGACCAAGUCCUGGGGGGAGCAAUGCCCGGAGACUUCGGAGGCCGACUCCGGGAGGAGAGCAGAGGCACCCAGGCUACGCCUCUCCAAGGACAAAGAGGGAGUGGCACCUUUCGCUGGCCCAGCCGCUCCGUGGGGAUCAGGAACUCAGGGGCCUGUCGCGUCGGGGAGAAUGGAGAAGGGGAUCUCUGCUAGAUCUCACGGUGGCUCACCCGUAGCUAUGGAAAUGGACAAAAAGGUCUCUCCGCCUUUGGGAACUCGGAGCUGCCAAGCUCCCACGUUGGAGCUGGUCGGAGCGAACUCCGUGAUGGCCACAGAAGUGGCAGCGGGAGCCACAUCCACUGGGCCACACUCUCCGCAUGACCCUGCCCUCAUCGAGCGGUCUGAGAGGGCCCGCGAACUUGGGGGUGUGCACUCCCCGGAGGCCCUGGAGGACAGUCAGGGACAGUCUCUGGGCAGUGAGACAAGCCCAGCCCUAGAGAGAGGCGGGCCCCACCGUGGAGAGCCCCCUGGGAAGGUGGGGAAAGGAAAUCUGCCUUGUGGCAUGCCAGGCUCUGGGUCGCCUGAAGUGGGCGAAAGGCCAGAGGAGAACUCUGUGACAGAGCAAAACUCUGAGCUGGCAGAGUCCCGGAGCGGGUGCAGGCCGUUGGGACACCUGGGCUCAGUAGGCCCAGAGGUGACCCACAGUGGAACCCUGGAGGUCAGGGGGCCUCCACAGCACUGGGACAGAGUGGACGAAGGGUCUCCAAUGCUGGGCUUGCGUGGGGGCAGCCUCUCAGCACCGCGAGGGACCCGGGAGGUGGAGGUGGCCCGCAUUCCCUCUGGCGGAAUGCUGGAGCCUUUGCCCUGUUGGGAAGCAACAAAAGAUCCGAAGGAACCUCAGUGCCUUCCUGGGGACAGGGUGGGUAUGCAGCCUGGGAGCUCCAGGGCUUGGCUGGACCCCAUGGCGGACGUAGCUCAGGCCUGGACGUGUGUCAAAGGGGUACAAUCCCAGGAGACUUGGGGAAGCCAGCCAGAGGACAGAGCCACCCAGCCCAGCCCAGAGCUGCUGUCCCCAGGUCAGAAGGACAAGCCUUCUUUGAAAGAGGCCUGCAGCCCCAGCAAUAUACCUGCCGUCAUUGUCACAGACAUGGGCACCCAGGAGGAUGGCAUCUUGGAGGAGGCACAAGGCAGCCCGCUGGGCAGCCUGCCCCUGAGGAAGCUGUCCUCGUCCUCUGCAUCCUCCACUGGCUUCUCCUCCUCCUAUGACGACUCGGAGGAGGACAUCUCCAGUGACCCUGAGCGCUGCCUGGACCCCAACUCCGCCUUCCUGCAUACCGUGGACCAGCAGAAGCCCAGAGUGAGCAAAUCAUGGAGGAAAAUCAAAAACAUGGUGCACUGGUCUCCCUUUGUCAUGUCCUUCAAGAAGAAGUACCCCUGGAUCCAGCUGGCGGGACACGCAGGGAGUUUCAAGGCGGCCGCCAACGGCCGGAUCCUGAAGAAGCACUGUGAGUCAGAGCAGCGCUGCCUGGACCGGCUGAUGGCCGACGUGCUGAAGCCCUUCGUGCCUGCCUACCACGGGGACGUGGUCAAGGACGGGGAGCGCUACAACCAGAUGGAUGACUUGCUGGCCGACUUCGACUCGCCCUGUGUGAUGGACUGCAAGAUGGGUGUCAGGACCUACUUGGAAGAAGAGCUCACCAAGGCCCGGAAGAAGCCCAGCCUCCGGAAGGACAUGUACCAGAAGAUGAUCGAGGUGGACCCCGAGGCCCCCACUGAGGAGGAGAAAGCCCAGCGGGCCGUGACCAAGCCGCGGUACAUGCAGUGGAGGGAGACCAUCAGCUCCACAGCCACCCUUGGGUUCAGGAUUGAGGGCAUCAAGAAGGAAGACGGCUCCGUGAACCGGGACUUCAAGAAGACCAGAACGCGGGAGCAGGUCACCGAGGCCUUCAGAGAAUUCACUAAAGGGAACCGCAGCAUCCUGAUUGCCUACCGGGACCGGCUGAAGGACAUUCGAGCCACCCUAGAAAUUUCUCCCUUCUUCAAGUGCCACGAGGUCAUCGGCAGCUCGCUCCUCUUCAUCCACGACAAGAAGGAACAGGCCAAGGUGUGGAUGAUCGACUUCGGGAAAACCACGCCCCUGCCCGAGGGCCAGACCCUGCAGCACGACGUCCCCUGGCAGGAGGGGAACCGGGAGGACGGCUACCUCUCCGGCCUGAACAACCUCAUCGACAUCCUGACGGAGAUGUGCCAGGGCCCGGGCGCCCCGCUGGCCUGAGGCCCCCGCGCCCCGCGCCCCGCGGCCGCUGCUCCGGUCUCUCUCCUCGCCCUUCGCUCCCCUUCUUCCUCCGUUUUCUUGCUCUUCCGCCCGGGUGCAGGUCCUAGAACGGACCCUCCGAACUGCACCAGGAGACACUUUGUAGAGGACAGACGAGCUUUGCUAGCUGUUUUCCUGGUGGAAGGGCUUGGCGCGGGGCUUCCCCCUGUCUCUGUGCACAGGAUCUCCUGCUACGAAAGUAAUGGCCUGUUGCCCUUAGAUCUCGAUGGAGGCUCAGGUGGCCUCUGGCUGGGCUACCUGCGGGGACCUGCUGCCCCCUGGUGGCCAAUGCCAUUGGCGCCGCUGCCCAGCACUGCCGGUUUCUGUCCCAUCCCCGCAGCCUGGCUGGGUGGGCCCGCGUUGCAGCAGGUGCUUGGUGCCAGGCUUUCCCGUGGUUGGGGCACAAAAUCACUGGGAACCUCAUGUGGGCCACGAGUAAAGCACUCCGCGUGGCAGUCCAGGGGCUUCCAGAGACCUGUGGGGGCCCUGGUAGGGCUGCUAAAGCCGGGCCCUUUACCGGCUGGUAUUGAAACGGUCCAGCUUUCGGCUAGAUCCAGGAGCCAGGAGAAGGCCUGGGCCGACUCGGCCGUGCCCUUGGACGUUGGCCUUCGCAGCUGGGGGCAGGCAGAAGCUGUGACUCCACCUGUGAUUGUUGCCCAUGAAUUCAGAGGGAUGCUCUGCACCCCUGAGCUCCCAGGGCUGCACGCGCCCCACCCCCAGAGCCACUUACACCUCCCACCUCCCCCCCACCUUGCUGUGGCGAGGCCAGGGGGCUGGUGGCCUUGGGCCAGGGCACAGGCAGCCCCCAGAGGAAGAAGGAAGCUGCAGAGGACGCUGCUCUCACGUCCCCGCACCUCUGCCACCUCCCGGUCCCACACUGUCACCCUGCAAAGCAGGGAUUCUUUCCCGAGUCUGGCGUCCCCAGCAGUUCACAGGCAGGGCUUCAGACCAGCGCCCGGCGGGGAGGACACAGGAAGCUGGCUUACUGGCAUCCGUUUUUUUCCCCCUGAAAAAAGUCUUACAUCCUGAAGGGCUUAGACCCACAUUUCCCAAAUGUAGUGUGGGCAGCUUCCAGGGUACGUGCUGGGUGCCAGGGGGCGUUCCAGGCAUCUCUUCCCGGAGCAUCUAGGUUGCUUAAAGAUUCGUGGGAAACCAAUCGUGAGCUUUAUUCUAAUUGUAAAGCAAGUCAGUCUACAUUAUUGAGAAGAAUGUAAAAUUUGCAUGACUUUUAAAGAUGGAAUUCUAGCAAUGGCCAUUUGGAGCUGUACCCCCAGGUACCCCUUUUGCUGUCAGAGGAGAGUUGGGGACCAGGCCAGCAGGCACCCGGGACAGGGUGAAGAUGGUGUGUGCCCAGGUGUGUUCCUGGAGGGACCAAUCCAGAGGGAGGGCUUCCUGGGCCACCCCCUCCGUCACCCCAGGGUCUCGGGGGGAAUCGUGACCUCGCCCAUGUGACACGUUUCCCUUUUCAUGCUGGUGAGUGACGGUUAGUGGGGGCGGAGGGUGGGACACGAGGAUGUAUUAGUUCAGAUUUCUAAAAAGGAAAUCACUUUUAAACUUCCUGGCUCUUGUUCAAAACAGUGGUGAACUCCUGUGUGGGCUGACUUGCUAAAGGUCACGCCCCCACUCCUGCAAAGCACGAGAGACCGUGUGACAGCACAUGAUCCUGGGAGGCAGGAGCACAGGAGCUGUAGUCACUUGGGGGUUAGAAGGGACCCCGGUGAUCCACAUGCAGCUCUGUGGGAAGGGACAUCAUUAAUUCAAAUGUCACAUUUCUACAACGAUGGUCUGGCCAAAAGUUACCCUCUUAUCUAUGAAAAAGAGUUUGCUAAAGCAAAUUAAUGCUAUGAACAAAACUUACAGGGGACCAGGUGCACCUACUUAAGAGAACAAAUUUUCCAAGCACUUUAAGCAAACACCAGUUGUUUGCAAACAAUGUGCUAAUACGCAAAUGACUUGUUUAUUAAAGGAGGCCCGUGGGGCCCCUCGUUGGCAAUACUUUGCUUUGGGUUACAUUAUAUAUGUGAAAGUGGCGUACAGUGGCAUCUUUUUAGGGUUACUGUAUUAUUUAGGGGUUCGGGGUUCUUGUAUUUACCGUGCUAGUCCUCUUCCACACCUGCUCUCUUUCUCAACCCAUUCUCCGCUUUGUCCUCUCAUCCCCUUGUCCCGGUGGGAUAGAUGGAUCUUAGAAUGGAAUUUUCCGGAACCCCGCCCAGGCUGUCUAUAAGACCUUCCCUGCCCCCACCGCUUAGCCCUCAAGGAAUGUUUUCCAACUGCUCGUCCCAGACUUGCCUUUAGUGUCAUGUAAGAAGUUUUUAAGUUAUAUUUAUAUAUAUAUAUUUUUUUUUUGUUUUGGUUUUUUAAAUUGCACAAAACACUAAGACUGAGAGGCUGGAUUCUGUUUCUUUAAAGCUAUGCCUUCUUUCUGAAUUUCUCUUCUGCUCGGUGGAAAGACCCGGAUGCAGCCCUGCUGCGCCUCCGCCCCCCGAAUGGACUCUUUCCUCCGUUAGCUGUAUUUAGCUUUGAGUUUCUCUGCAUCCGGUCAGUCCCUGUGUGUACAUAACACAUGCCCCUUCUUGGGAAGAAGCGGGGUGUUCACCCCUCGCCAGGGCCUUUUUCUUGGAAGAGAGGGCUUCUCGGAGGGGUAGCCUCCCCUCUACACCCCCUCUCCCUGCGACACCUUGGAAAAAACUGAACUGUUACAGCCCCCCCGCCCCCCGCACAGUUCCUGUCAGACAGACUGCAAACACUCUGUACCUUCCUGAAUAAAGGCCCAGAGCCCGCGA